AUAAGCAUCCAUUAUUGAGGGAGAGGUCAGACAUUGCAACUGUCAGCUAUCUUUAGACCACAGGAAGUGAUGUAACUUUGGAAGGAACACAGAAGCCAGCCCCUGUGAGCCUGCGUGAGGAUAGGAAGCCCAUAAGGUGAAUGCACGCUUGUCAAACUCCCGGAGGGGCUUGUGCACUGGAAAUCUUAAAGCUCCAGCGUUAGCAUCGGAUUGCAAACUUUUGCUGAAGAAAAUGCUUUGCUAUUUUCGGCUUCUUCCCGUCGGGCGCCAAUAGGCUUUCACCUCAUUCACCCUUAAUUGGAAGCGUUGCAUUGGGGAUUAUGUCUGCGGUGUUUUUGUUGUGAAAGCAAUACAUAAAAACAAAACAAAAACGGUGCAUGAAAGAAUGAACGUGAUCAAAACAGGAUGGAUAAUCGACGUAAAAAGAAACUGACAUUCUUCACCAUUGGACUCAUUUUUCUUCUGAGUGGUGUGGAGUAUGCUGUGAUAUUACCCACCAUAUGGAGAUAUUUACAGACUUUAGAGGCAGCUCCUUACUUCCUGGGUUUGACCCUGUCAGCGUUCAGUCUGAGUGGCCUGCUGUCAGGGCCCCUGUUCGGUCACUGGUCUGACCGAACACGGACCACAAAAAAGAUCAUAUUAUUCGCAAACCUUUUUGAAGUAGUAGGUAAUUUAAUGUACUUCAUGGGCUAUUCCAAGUGGCUCUUACUGUCAAGUAGACUGGUAGCUGGCAUUGGUGCAGGUGCUGGUUCAUCCAUCUUUAGCUUUUUGACGAGAAGCACUGCUCCAGAGGACCGGGCCACUGUGUUUGCAGCUGUCAUGGCUUGUCGGCAAGCAGGCCUUCUGAUUGGUCCAGCGUUUAACAUCUUUCUGAGGCUUUGUGAUUUCCACAUGGGUCCUUUUGUGGUCAAUAAAUAUACUGCACCCGGGUUGUUUAUGUGUCUAUUGUGGAUUCUCCUUCAAUUCGCGGUGGUCUUUAUGUACUGGGACCUCCCACCCCUGGAAAGGAGGAAGACCAAAGAUAAUCUGGUGCACAAAGUAGAGGAAAAUGGACAAGGGUUUGCAGAAGAUGAGGGAGAAGCCCAGGAGGAAGUGAAACCACUCAUGGGGUCUCAGGAGCUGCUGGGGUCAUAUGGCUCAGUGGUGGUGACAUCCAAGAAAUGCAGGAACAACAUCUCUUUUGCUUCCAACACUUCACUGAAUCACGUUUCUCCAUCUCCACCUCCUGUAAUACCACAAACCCAGAGCAGCCUUAGACCCUUUAAAAAUUCAAGCUUUUCUCGAGAGUUCUUGAGAGAGGAAGUGGUCGUGCUGCUGGCUGCUCAGUUCAUCACCCUUUUUAAUCAGACAGCUUUGGAGACCAUGGUGACCCCCCUGACCCAGAAAUAUUUCAGCUUUGGGGAACUGGAGAAUAGCGUAAUGUACUGUCUUGGAGGAGUUGUCGUGAUUGCUGGAUUCCUGUUUGUGCGUUGGCUGAGUCGCCAUGUUGCAGAACGAGUGGUCCUUGCUAUCGGCCUGACCAUCUGCAACAUAUCCUGCAUAUGGUGCCUCAUUUUCUUGGCUAACCCACUAGGUGACUUUUCUUGGCAGCUGACAGAGUUCAUCAUUGGAGUGUUUCUGCAGGUUUUGGGAUUGCCGUUUGUGGCCGUGGCUCAGGUUUCCCUCUUCUCCAAAAUCACUGCUGAGAAAACCCAAGGUUUAAGUCAGGGAGUGCGUCGCUCGGUCGGGGGUCUGGCUACAAUCCUGGGCCCUCUGUGGGCUGGAGGCCUCACAGAAAACAUGUACAUAAUGAUGGGAGUGAUGGUGGCACUCCUGGCACUGCUGACGAUGAUGCUGGCAUUCUCAUACAACCGGCUGGUGGAGCCUGCAGAGGAGCAAAUGGACAAUUUGGAGAGCUGUGAUUGAACCUGCAGGUGCUCAACACAGGAAAUUUUAGAAGACAACAGUGGGACUUUUUAGACCUGCAUCUUCACGCUAUAUUGGAACCGGCAUAUUGGGUGAAGUCAAAUUGAAAGGACGCAAAUUUGUUGUAUGUUUAAAGGGUGGUUUACAGAUUGAUAUGAAGGGUAUGUGGAGCAUAUUUCCCAUGGAAAUAGUAGAACCAUGUUGACUGCUUAUGUGCUUGACAGAAAUAGUUUUCAUCACAAAAGUGUAUUACACAUUCAGCACAUUUUAUUUAAGCUUGUACAACAUAGCAUUCACUCUUUGAAUUAUAUUAUAUGCCUAAAGAUUGCGGAUUCAGAUGCCUGGAAUUUAAUAAAAUAAAUGUAAUAAA